UAUUACUGUUGUUGUAUCCGGAUCCAACUUUUGUUUACACCAAUUAAGGAUGAGAAGGAUUAUUUCAUUCUAGAAGGAAACCUGCAACAGCAUUUAACAGAUAUGACUGAGUUUAAAUUCUGAUCAAAACAUUGUCAGAUAAAAUCAGGAUAUUGUCAGUCUGAGAGUAACAGAUGUAUCAACAUGACAAGAAGGAAGUUCAUCAGUGUGGCUCUGAUAUCUGAAGGUUGAGAAAUAAGGACAAUGUAAAUUACAAUUCUGGGGACGAACAAUUUGGAUCACCAAAGUAACCCUGUGACAUCAAAAGGUAGUUAUUUUCUAGUGUUUUUACAUUACAAACUGUUUAUUAUGAACUUAUACAACUGUUAAGGAGAAGACUACAGAGAUUGUAUUCUCCGAUAAAAGUCUUGUCAAUCUGAUUACAAUAGUGUUGCAGCAACGAAACUUUUAUCUACUUGAUUUGAUAUCAUCAUACACAACGGGACAAAAUAAUACAGUGUUGUCAUAACAACAUUUUACCCUUUAAUUCAGCAAAAUGGCGGCAGUCAAUAUACCUAUCCGUACAAAAGGUCAGACAGCCUGUGUCCAUCAUAAGGGGAAACAACUGGAAUUGUAUUGUGAAACAUGUCAGGAUUUGGUUUGUCUUAAAUGCCUUUUCUCUGGCCAUAAAGGCCAUAUUGUGUGUGAGCUCAGUGACAUCACACCUAAGAAGAAACAAGACAUUAAAAACUUCAUUGACAGGGCAUCACAACAUGACCUAGUACAAGUCGGGAAAUAUAUCGAUUCUACUCAAACACUCCUCAAAGACAAUGACAGCAAAUUUGAGAAACUGUCACAUCAGCUGAAGAUGCAAACAGACAAAAUAAAAGAGGGCCUCGACAAACUUACUGCUACGACACUCUCUCUUUAUCAGAAAAUGAAAGAGGACAAUACCAAGCUGAUAGAGAAAUACAAACAGGACUUGGAGAUGUACGACAAGCAACUCAAACAACAAAUACAAGAAUGUAAGACAGCACUUCAGCGUGGCUCUGACAUAGAAAUCUAUGACACAGGAUACGAAAUACAUUUCCCAGUAAAACCUGUCCUUGGUACUGCCAGCUUCACCCCAAACAAAACUCCUGACGGUAACCUAAAACUUGCCUUAGGGAAUGUAAUCACUUCAGUUCAAGGUGAUACAUCUACUGAGAAGGAUCCGUCAGUCUCGACAUCGGAUAACAAUAGCCAACUACAAUCCUCUACACAGCAACAACAACAGUCAGGAGAUAAAGGGGAUAAAGCAGUAAUUAGGUAUAAACUACUGUCAGAGACCAAGGUGGUGGAGGAGUGGAAGUCUCCUUGUGUCAUUGGUUCUAUAUGUCAUACUGAUGACGGGGUGUGGACCAGUGAUUACUACAGUAAUACGUUAACUCUCCUGGACAGGAAGGGAACUGUAAAACGGAAGGCCACACACAGAACAACAAUCAACAACAUCAGUGUGUCUUCCAAAACAAACACACUGUGGAUAUGUGACAGAGAAAACAACAUCCAUGAGCAGGUAUCAGGUUACCAAUUCAUCCGCAGAUUCAGUACCGAGGAGGUACCUAGGUGUUUAUGUGUUACAGCUAGUAACGAUGUUAUUGUGGGCAUGCCGAAACACAUCUCCAAAUUUACUAUACAUGGUAAGUUGUUGAUCACAACAAAGGAUACAGGGUCUGAGACACCAUUCGUGUGUUCACCAUACAGGAUCACAGCGUGUCCUGUCACUCACAAUGUCGCAGUAAUUUGUUUCAGUGAAAUGGUUGGUGGUGAUGGAGACAAGCAUGUUGUUAUCAUGAAUAAGGAUUUCCAGAAAAUCUUUAUAUGUAUAGGUGACAUUCCUAAUACUGGUGAACUAUUAUAUGAUGGUGUGAGGAACCUUAUCAUGGGAAGCAUGGAUGAAUCAUUUAAUCCCUCAGGUGUGGUGUAUGAUAGUUUGGGAAACCUUAUUAUAGGGGACUUUAACAACCAUAGGGUCCUACUCCUCAGUGGAGUGAGCGGGUCUUUUAAGAUCUUACACAGAGACACACUCGGGAUGUUGGCUGUAGGUGUGGACAGGGAGGAUGUCCUGUGGGCAGUGUUUGGAGACUCAUCUGCAGAUAAUGUAAAACUACUACGUUACAGCAAAAUGCGAUAGUAAUGAUAAACCUACUACUACAGUACAGCAGUAUGUGAUAGCUAAACUACUAUAGUCCAGUAGUAUGUGAUAGCUAUAAACUACUACAGUACAGCAGUAUGUGAUAGCUAUA